AUGCCCCGUUCACGACACCACUCACAACUCAUCAACUCGCUCUGCAAGUGCCGGCAUGGUCCCUCCAGGUGGCUCUCGUCCAACCCCAUCACCCCCAGCGUCUGCAAGCUCGUCCUCGGUAAACACACCGACCGAGAGAUCUCCCUCGCCAUGGAGCAUUUCGCCCAGGUCGGCCAGUGCCAGUGCGGCAAGCAGGUCAUCCUCUGCAAGUACUGCCCCUUGACGGGCGACAUGCUGGCGGAGAGCGCUCCCAAGCACAUCGGGCAGAGGCUGCCCAACCCCAUCACCUUCGACAACAGAGCCACCAGGCAUGUCGUCGAGUCGCACUCCAGCGGGGUCUACCACAGGUACUGGAAGGGCCUGCACGACGAGAUGCUGUCGGAGGAGAAGAUGCUGUCGGAGGGCGCCUGGAGGGGAGGGGGGGCUGAUGGGAUGGACCCGCUUGCGUCGUCGCCGGUGUCAAGCUGCGUGACGGGCUUCGGGAGCUUCGAGACGGAGUCAUCUGAAACCGACGAGUCACUGCAGAAGGACGAGCUUCUGCACUUCCUCAACAGCCCCAGAGACACAAGUCUUGACCAGCUCGACGAUGCCGGGUAUGCAAUCGAAGAAGCUGGGUGUGCAGGCUCUAUGGAGAGUCGAGAGUCUCAGGAGCUGGACAGGCAGGAGGGUCGAGCGCCGACUCAAAGCUCACCCGCCCGGGGCUCCGAGGGAUCGUGCGGCAAUGACCUGUGCACGGCCAACGUCAUUGGACAGCACAAGCUGAGCGCUGAAGACAUGUGGUUCCACACCAAGGCUGAGAUCCUGCGACAACAGAACCUCAACACUGCCGUGGACGCGUCAUGGAGGCCUUUCCCUGCUGCCCAGCAGCAGUGA